GCAGGAAUGUCGUACAUGCACCGCUUCCCGCCGUCGCCACGUUAUUCAGACGACAUAAAUAUAACAAAGCGAAGCCAGGAAUUAAAACAUGUAUGCAGUUUAGAGCGGACAGAGUCUCAAUAAACGGGAAAAACACCAUGGACAAGCGGCUAGGUUAGCUAAGCUGUAGCUUCCUGGCUCGUCACUUUAUUGCGGUCACGUCACUGACCUGAAUGAAUGCGUCGCUAGGUCCUGACACAUCAGACAAGCAUUAAAAACAAAAAAACUACUUAUAUUUGUAUUUCAGUUCAGAGCGUUUAGGCUAAACAGUGUGUGUGUGUGUGUGUGUGUGUGUGUGUGUGUGUGUAUGUGUUUGUGAGUGUAAUUCCCUGCCGUCCUUCCUGCGCCUUGAAGUUUGGGAGACUGUUCACAGUAACCUUCCGCCUGCAGUAGAGGUGCUGAGGCUAGCGCCACCGCCAUUUUGAAUGUCUGGUCUGUUCCUCCCUCCUUCGCCCGCAGAGAAGAUUCCAGUUGUUUUCUGGUGUCAUUACGGCUGAGGAUGCCAGCUCCGAUCAGACUGCGGGAGCUGAUCCGGACAAUCCGGACGGCUCGGACCCAGGCUGAGGAGCGAGAGAUGAUCCAGAAAGAGUGUGCUGCCAUCAGGUCAUCUUUCAGAGAAGAAGACAACACGUAUCGCUGUAGAAAUGUGGCAAAGCUGCUGUACAUGCACAUGUUGGGGUACCCAGCACAUUUCGGGCAGCUUGAGUGCCUGAAGCUGAUCGCAUCACAGAAGUUCACAGACAAGCGAAUAGGGUACUUGGGGGCCAUGUUGCUGUUGGAUGAAAGGCAGGAUGUCCAUCUACUUAUGACAAACUGCAUCAAGAAUGACCUAAAUCACAGUACACAGUAUGUCCAGGGACUGGCCUUGUGCACCCUGGGCUGCAUGGGUUCAUCAGAAAUGUGUCGUGACCUGGCAGGGGAAGUGGAGAAGCUCCUCAAAACAUCAAACUCCUACUUGAGAAAAAAGGCAGCGCUGUGUGCAGUUCAUGUCAUUCGCAAGGUCCCAGAGUUGAUGGAGAUGUUUCUGCCUGCAACAAAAAACCUGUUAAGCGAGAAGAAUCAUGGUGUUCUCCACACAUCUGUUGUCCUGCUCACUGAGAUGUGUGAACGAAGUCCUGACAUGCUUACUCACUUUAGAAAGCUGGUUCCACAACUGGUGCGAAUCCUGAAGAACCUUAUCAUGUCUGGUUACUCUCCUGAGCAUGAUGUGUCUGGCAUCAGUGAUCCAUUUCUUCAGGUGCGGAUAUUGAGGCUGCUAAGAAUUCUGGGAAAGAGUGAUGACGAUUCUAGUGAAGCUAUGAAUGACAUUCUUGCGCAGGUUGCGACAAACACUGAAACAAGUAAAAAUGUAGGCAAUGCAAUCCUGUAUGAAACUGUACUUACAAUUAUGGACAUCAAAUCAGAGAGUGGCUUGAGGGUAUUGGCGAUCAACAUCCUGGGACGUUUUCUUCUUAACAAUGACAAAAACAUCAGAUACGUGGCACUGACAUCUUUACUAAAAACAGUGCAGACAGACCACAAUGCGGUUCAGAGGCAUCGGAGCACCAUUGUGGACUGUUUGAAAGACCUGGAUGUCUCCAUCAAAAGACGUGCAAUGGAACUGAGCUUCGCCCUGGUCAACGGCAACAACAUCCGAGGCAUGAUGAAGGAGCUGCUGUAUUUUUUGGACUCCUGUGACCCAGAGUUCAAAGCCGACUGUGCAUCAGGGGUCUUCCUGGCUGCUGAGAAGUAUGCACCCUCCAAAAGAUGGCACAUAGACACCAUAAUGAGGGUGUUAACAACGGCAGGGAGUUAUGUCAGAGAUGACUCUGUACCGAACCUUAUCCAGCUCAUCACAAACAGUGUGGAGAUGCAUGCUUACACUGUACAGAGGCUCUACAAAGCCCUUCUGGAUGACAUCUCUCAGCAACCGCUGGUGCAGGUGGCAUCUUGGUGCAUAGGGGAGUAUGGAGACCUGCUGGUCUCAGGCCAGUGUGAGGAGGAGGAGCCCAUCCAGGUUACAGAGGAUGAAGUCUUGGAUGUUUUGGAAGGUCUCCUCGUCUCCAACUUGUCCACUCCUGUAACCCGAGGUUAUGCACUGACCGCCAUAAUGAAGCUGUCCACACGUUUCAGCAGUGUGAACCGAAUAAAGAAAGUGGUGUCGAUAUAUGGCAGCAGCAUAGAUGUGGAGUUGCAGCAGAGAGCUGUGGAGUACAAUGCACUUUUCAAGAAAUAUGAUCACAUGAGGCCUGCCUUACUAGAGCGAAUGCCUAUUAUGGAGAAAACAGCCACGAAUGGGCCUACAGAGAUUGUACAAACCAAUGGAGAGACAGAAUCUUCUGCACUGGACUCAAAACACCCACCUAGCAUUACUCAGCCACCGAAUCAGGCAAAUGAUUUGCUAGACCUGCUUGGAGGUAAUGACGUAGUGCCCGUGAUCCAGACGACUUUGCCCACCAAACCUGCCUCAGCUGGGGGAGAGUUGCUCGACCUGCUAGGGGACCUCUCUCUGUCUGGUGGUCCAACCCCUGCCCCUGCUCCCUCUGUGCCCAUCUCCCAGCCCCCUUUCCUCUUGGAUGGCCUCUCCUCACAACCCCUCUUCAAUGACACUGCAGCAGGUAUCCCUCCGAUGACUGCAUACAACAAGAAUGGCCUGAAGAUUGAGUUCACGUUUGAGCGCUCCAACCCCAACCCGAACAUUUCAGUGAUCACCAUCCAUGCAUCUAACUCUACUGAGGCAGACAUGACUGACUUUGUAUUCCAGGCUGCAGUACCAAAGACAUUCCAGCUGCAGCUCCUCUCCCCAAGCAGUAAUAUUGUCCCAGCACUCAACCAGGGAAACGUCACGCAGGUCAUCAGGGUCCUCAACCCACAGAAGCAACAGCUGCGAAUGCGGAUCAAGCUGACAUACACCUACAAAGGCGCUCCUGUUCAAGACCUGGCUGAGGUCAACAACUUCCCUCCCCAGUCCUGGCAGUGAUUUUGCUAUUGCUCCUGAUCUUAAAGACCCCCACCAAGGGAACUAUGGGAAAGAUUGCCCUUGCCCAUCCCUGACUGAUCCCCCUGUGACAUCACCGCACAUCUCUGCCCUGGGGUUGCAUGGGAAGCAGUGGAAUCUUCCUGAAACGUGCGCAUGUGCGUGCGUGCGCGCGCACACACACACACACACACACACACACACACACACACACACACACACACACACACACACACACACACACACACGAGUUGAUGGUAUGAAGACCAUAAUGGCGAUUACGAUGACAAUGAUGAAACAUCUCAGUACAUAUCCAUUUUACUAACGGCUUCCCAUCCUCUCUGAUUUGGUCUCACCAUAGUUUAUGCUCCUCUCUCUGUCUGUCUUUCUCUGUCCGUCUCCUCUGGAGUUCCUCCUUUCCUCACCUGCAUCCAGAUGCUCACGUCAGUGCGCACACGAACACACUUGCAUUUACAUGCACCCCAAGCUGGCCCACUCGCUGUCUGUAGAUGGAAUAUACCACACUCAUGGUCACUCUAGAGAGGAGCUUGUUGGUAUGAGCACUUGUUUGAUUUGUCUGUUUUUGUUUGAUUUUUCUUUCGUGUUUUUAAUCUUUCCUGUUGAUGGGUUGGGGUUAUUUUAAUGGGGUGGGUGUGGGGGGUUGCUUUCAACUGUAUGAACUCUGAAUUGCAUAGUCUAUGAAUGUUUGCACCUUGUCCAACCCACUGGCAUUUCGGAGUGUAAGCAGAACACGGUUUGUGCUAGGGCUUGAAAAUUAAUAAUUUGUGUGGCAUUUCAUUACCUCUGGAGAGUCGGCUUGUCUCUUUACUGAUCUUAUGUCCUGUAAUAAAGAAUAUCAGAUCAAUGCUCCAAACAAGAACCUAUGUGGUGGCUACGCCGUGUUCGUUCAGAAUCCUUCGCUGCACCAACAUACAUUCUAGUGCAUUCAUCGUUUGACUGCACUUUUUUUUUUUUUUUUUUGGUCCAUAGAUGCUUGACUGUUGAGCAUCUCGAUUACAUGUUAAGAUCAUCCAGUGGUUGUCAGAAAAAGAUGGCAGUCGAGGUUGAACUGAAACCCCUUUGUGGGUUCUAGUUUAUUGAGUUGUCUUAUUACUAAUUCAGCUCAAAUGAUGUAUGUCAUUUCAAAGCAUUUGCGUUGGAUGCGUUCUUCUUCCCUUACCUGGCAUUGUACCUCUGUUAGCUGGUAAGCUUGUCAGAAGACACCUGCUUUUGUAAUUUGUAUAGCUGUUAAACGCUGAUAGAGAUUUGAACUAGUUUAAGGAACAGGCGAGUAUAUCGGUGCAGUUUUCAAAUGAUUAAAUUCAGAACAAUGCAACAGUAUCAACAAUAAAUGAACCUGAUUUGAAUUGACUAGCCGUGGCCCUCUGGCACCGCAUCGAACCAAGUGUGGUCACGGAUGUCAACAUACACUGUAUGUGAGACCCAUCAUGAAUGUAGUUAUAUGCACUGAAUGGAUCUCUGAGUUUGUUUGUCUUGUUUCUGAUUUCUAAAGACUUUUUUUCUUUUCAGCAGCAAUUUUGAAGUAAAAAUUUUCUUGCCUGAUUUUAAAGCGAUGUGCCUUUUGCCGAAACUGGUAGAACUGAAGCCCUCGGAUGUCUUGAGUUUGUCUAGUGGGCGAUGCCACAGGAGUGGGAGAGCGAGAGGAGGCUUUGUUCUGGAAAAUGUAGGACAUUUGACCUUUUUCAUUUCACAUUUUGAGUUCUAAUUAUUCAGAGUGGGCUUCAAGACGUCAGAUAUCGAGCGUGCGCUGUAGGUGUGUAGAAGGUCUUUUUGUAAGAUACGGAUCCCAGGCCGUCUUUUCCUCGGAAGAUGGCUGGAAACGGUAACCUAAAUACCUCACAUCUGUUAUUUUUUAAUUUUUGAAGCUGGUGACAGAACCGUGGCCGUUUUCAUCAGGUCGUUCGCAUGGUUUCAAACCAUCUUGGACAACCUUGGCGUUAAAUGCACCUCAUCACUAACCAACUUAACCCAGCUCUCCUGCUGCUCUUCUUUAGUCUUCAUAUACACCCAGCGGCCAGAUUUUACAAAUUCAAGAUUCACUAUGCCUCAUUAUGAGUUGGUGACCAAAUCAGAGAUGUGUUCCUUUUGGGCUUUGGAAAUAUUUUUGAGCAAUGUUAUGUGUAUAUGGAGAAAAAGACUGCAUUCUGUUACUUAAUUUUCUUUGUCUUUCUUUUUUUGGACUUCUGGUUUGUUCUGUACAUAUUGAGGGCUUUUAAGAUGCAACUGUUCUUGUCAUCUAUUUUUCUUUCUUUUUUUUUUUUUUUUUUAAACGAUAUUGACCAUUUUCUAAAACUUCCUUCCAGUACUGCACAGUAAUCAUACUCAAUCAUAGUCUAAUUUAACAUGUUCCCUGUCUGAUUGUUUAUUUAGAUGAAAAUGUAUUAUCUGCUGCCUGUACAUUGUAUAUAAUUGUAAAAGACGACGAAAAAGAUCAAAUCAAAUAAACUCCCAUUUGAAGACCUGUGGAGAUUAGUUAGGGCCUGUACUUGUACACAACUGUAAAGAAUCGACUUUUCGUUUCACCCCCAACCCCCCCCCCCUUCUCUUUUUUCCUAUUGCUAAUUUAGUAGGUAGCUGUUCUGAUUGCUGGUGGUUUGUGAUGCACUACUGAAAGGAGGUCUUGCAAUGCUAUGUAGGGACGUUCUUUAGCUCUACCUACUGUGCUUAGUUCUACCUACUGUGCACCCCCUGCUCCCUCCGCCAGCCACCACCGUCACUCUCUCAAGCUGCUCACUUUAUCAAAACACACAGGAUUUAUAUGCCAGCAAGUCACAAGUGAAUCAUGUCAUUUAUUGCCUAUAUUUCCAAAAUGAUGCUCUUUCCAAAUAUUUUUCUUUGUGCCUCCACAGUUUUGAGAAUCCCUCAGUCGUGGCUACACAUUAUAUUACAUUGUAAUAAACAAUCAUUUGGCUGGAGACCUUUUAGAGACUGAAGCUGCUCUUGUUUCUAAUCUGGCAUAUUGUAUCUGCACACAUGCUGUGUCAAGUCUUUUGUCAGUACUGUGUUGAUGAAGCAGAGGGUCAGAAUGAAAUGAGGGACGAACCCUUAGGUCAUCAAUGUUUAUCAGUGCAAACCAGCUACCGGAUUCAUUUAACUCAUGAGAAAUGGUGUUCAUUCUAACGUGAUGGGGACAUGAAAGAUAAAUGUCUAAAAGUGCACUACAAGUUGCAUAUACUAAGAAAAGGCGGGGAUGUGAACGGAACUUUGGGAAACCUGACGCUUUUUAGGCUUAUUUUAUUGUCAGCUCAUAAAGGCGUGUUACCUACCUGUGCGUGUGUUGGAGAGAACCUGAGAAGCUUGAGGUGCGCCGACUUGGUCUGGCCACGCCUUUGCGCUGUUGAGCAUCAUUUUUUGGCUGCAAUGAUUUUUCGACUCGGCUUGUGAGCUGCAUGUGAAAACUGAUUGUAAAUAUUGUCAUUUUUACUCUUUUCUGUAAAAUUCCUGUCAAAAUGCAAGAGAGGUUCUGGUUCUUGAACAUGACUCAUCCCGACAUCUGAACACAGGCCGAGCUUUUUUUUUUUUUUUGGGGGGGGGUGAUUUAAUGUUCUGUUAACUCGAGUUAAUGUUGGUUAAGAAUCAGACUCUCCUUCCUGGGCUGGAGGUCUGUGUCUGAGGGGCCUGAAUAUAACACCGUUUGUUUGGAUGUAGUUUUUUGGCCAGGUAAACGCUCCAUGUAUCAUAUGCUUGGAUGAUGACCCUCUCCAUCCAGAUCCCCUCUUUGUAAACUGUAAAAGCUAUCGGUUGUUCUUUUUGGACUUGUAUCUAUACAUGUGCCUCCUCCCCAGCCAUUUUACACUUGCUAUCUGACUACAUCCAAACGUGUGCAGGAUAGGAGAGGUGGAUAUGCUCUUGGCUUCCUCCCUCCCUGAUGAGUUUGACAUGCUGAACUGAAUUAGUGUCCUGUGUCUUCAAGGAGUGCGUGCUGGACUGAAAAUAAUUGAUGAUGAUGAUGAAUGAAAAUAACUUGUAAUCUAUUACAUGGGAUAUUUUAGACUUAUGCUGUGUAUUAUUGUCUUUUGGGUUGGAGAAAAUGACCACAAGAAAUAAAAAAAAAAAAAAAAAAA